CUUACAUUAUAUAAAACAAACAAACACAUAACCCUUAUUUUCUUUUUCUUACUUUCCGCAAAAUGCUUCCUUUUUUCCUUGUACUACUUAUUUCGCUCUCUUCAUCCGCCUUAACAAGUGAUAUCAAAGGCAACUACUUCAUCGCAUGUGGCCUCCCUAAGUCCACCGCGCACUCCUCCGAGGAUGGAUCAACAUGGCGGAGUGACGACAACCCCGCCUUCACUCCGCCAGAUAUUAACAAAAUCUCCUCUUCCGUCAUCGGUCACGGAGACGACUAUCCUUACACGCGGGCCCGGAUAUUUGAGUCCGCCGUCACAUACUCGUUCGAGGUCUCACCGGGCCCUAAAUUCAUCCGACUUUACUUCACCACAAGUACAACUGACUCCUACAAGUAUAACACCACCACCACCAUCUCCGCCUCCCAAUUCUUCGUAUCUGUUGAAGCCAACGGCUUUACUCUUCUUAACAACUUUAGCGUCUCCCUCAACAACCAAAAUUCCACCGAAUCAAAUGAAGUCUAUGAAUUCCAUGUUCCCGUAGAGAAUGGUAAACCACUCAACCUAACCUUCUCCCCUCCGACAAAUUGUACUAGCAUUAACCCCUGCUAUGCUUUCGUCAAUGGCAUCGAGAUCAUUGCUGCGCCCGAAGGCCUUUAUUUUAAUGCCACACGACUGCCACCCCCUACUUUCAUCUCUGAUACUUAUGAGUACUCCCUCCAACAAGCCGCAUUUCAAACGGCUCAUCGGAUUAACGUUGGAGGGACUACCGUUCCAUCAGAAGUAGACUCAGGAGAGCUGGGCCGAAUUUGGAACCCCGACGAGCAGUUCAUCGCUAAUAAUUUAUAUGGUAAAAACAUAUAUAAUCCUAAUAUAGAAGGAAAUAUGUCUUUAUUUAUAGAGUACACUCAAGUGCCACGCUAUGUAGCGCCACCUCAGGUUUAUGCUACUUUAAGGUUUAUGGAUUUGGAUUAUCCUGAAUCCCUAAGCAGAAACUUGACAUGGUUUUUCGACGUCGAUCCAGGGUUUGAUUAUUUGGUAAGGCUCCAUUUUUGUGAGCUAGAUGGGAGGGUGAAUGGAAGUCAACAAAGGGUGUUUGAAGUAUACAUCAAUAAUGAAUAUGGAGGCCUGAUUGAUGUAUGGUACAUUACUGGAGGAUUGAGGAUUGCUGUAUUCCGAGAUUAUGUUGUAAGCUUGUACGGUCAAAGUGAUGGCACCAAAGUUCCUCUAUCGAUCUCCCUCCAUCCUCAUUAUGCACAUUCUCCAAACGUUAUGGUGAGUGAUGUAUUGCUAAAUGGUGUGGAAAUAUUGAAGUUGAAUAAAUCGAAUGGAAAUCUUGUUGUCCCUAACCAACCAUUAAAUGCGGUACUUAGCCCUUCACCAACUCCAAAUCCAAGCCGAAAACAUGCCCUUCCAAUUAUUGUAGGCGCAAUCGGAGGUACACUUGUUUUGGCUUCCCUCGUCAUAAUUGCUUGUUGUAUUGUCUAUAAAAAGAAGGCAGCCAUGGAGGCUCUUAGGAAGAAAUCCAUGGCCACAAGCAGCUCAAGCAAGGACAAGUGGGUCCAACCUCCAUCAUACUCGAGCUCAGCUCCAAGCACUAGGAAUUUGUCCCUGCCAUCUGAUCCUUGUCGCCGCUUCUCGCUAGCCCAAAUCAAGGUUGCCACAUGUGAUUUCAACAAGAAGUUGAUCAUAGGUAGAGGUGGGUUUGGAACGGUGUACAUGGGUUCAAUAGAGGGUGAGAAAACCAAAGUGGCUAUUAAACGUCUUAACUCUACAUCAAAACAAGGUACCCACGAGUUUCAAACUGAGAUCGAGAUGUUAUCUAGACUACGCCAUGUACAUUUGGUGUCCUUGAUUGGCUAUUGUGAGGACCAAGGUGAAAUGAUCUUGGUUUACGAGUACAUGUCACGUGGCACCCUUCAAGAUCAUUUGAUGUACAAAAAUCCUAGCAAAAAUGAUCACACUAACAAUAUAUCAUUAUCAUGGAAGGAACGACUCAAGAUCUGUGUAGGAUCAGCUCGUGGUUUACAUUAUCUCCAUUCAGGUGCAAAACAAGUGAUCAUCCAUCGAGAUGUAAAGUCUACCAACAUUCUCCUCGAUGAUAAGUGGACGGCCAAAGUCUCGGACUUCGGCCUAUCCAAGGUAGGACCCGACCCAUAUGAGACGGGUAUCACCCACAUAAGCACUGCUGUCAAAGGCACUGUCGGGUAUUUAGAUCCAGAGUACUAUCAACGACGCCAAUUAACCGAGAAGUCCGAUGUGUACUCCUUUGGAGUGGUGUUAUUUGAAGUUCUAUGUGCUCGUGCCGCAGUGAAACCUAACCUUCCCAAAGAACAAGCAAAUUUGGCAAAGUGGGCGACGACUCGCUGCAAAAGUGGGACCCUCUAUACUAUUGUGGAUCCAAAUUUAACCGGCCAGAUUUCUCCCGAAUGUCUAAGAAAGUUUGGAGAGGUAGCUAGUAUGUGUGUACGAGAUCGUGGGAGCGAACGUCCGCCAAUGGGUGACAUAGUGUGGAGCUUAGAGUUUGCCUUACAACUUCAAGAAGCUGCUGAGAAGAACACUAAUCCUGCUAAUUUCAAAGAUGUUUCGAUUACGACUAGCAUAGAUCUUAAUGAAGUAGAUGGUCGUAUAUUAAAUUAUGAUUCAUACGCAUCAGGAGAUGAUCUUUCCAAGAGUAGUAAUGUUGUUGAUUCCACUGAAAACAUGUUAUUGGACAGUAAAAGUACUGCGAAUAAUUCAUCAGAUCAUCCUAUUGAUAAGUCUGUAUUCUCUGAGAUCAUGGAUCCAAAAGCCAGAUAAGUCUAAUAAAUUCUUAUACUUCAUACAUGUAUAUGAGUACUAUUAUUAAUGGUUUAUAUCGAAAAAUAAUGCCGAUUUUUUUGGAGGUUGCCAAGUCUCAUAAUCGUGUUAAACUGAGAAGUUAUGACAGAAUUACAUGUCGUACGUUGGUUGCUGUAAUAGCAAUCUUGUAUAUUUUACGUGAGAAAGUAUGUUUAAACUUAGCCCUUAUGUUUUCUUUCUAUGUUGACUAGCUGUGCUGUUGAGCCUCAACAUCGACCAGAUGUGAGUUGUUUCCUUUGUUUUUGUUAAGUAUUUCAUUGCGAA